GCCCUUUGGCCUUCACCGUCGACAUUAUUCUUUCAGCUACCUGCGCGCCCAUGCAGAAUGGCGGAAGAAACCAGUAGUGCCGUCAAUGACAAAUCCGCAAAGACGAACUCACCGGACCAUAAGGAAACGUCACUGGAAUCGACAUCACCGCAACCAGACACAUUCAAGCGGCCCGCAGAGGUCAGCCAGGAGGAUGGUAAUGGGGAAAAGCUUCAACCGAAGGAAAGGUCCUCAGAACCCGCUGCUGGAGUCAAGAGGCCAAUCUCGGAGGUGGGCGACGAAGGAAAACCAGAUGUAAAAAAAAUCAAGCCAGAUACAAAACAACGCAGUCCUUCAAAUGAACUAGAAGAAGGUGAGAUGUCCGAAUCGUCAACGAGGGAUACAUCUCUUCCCCCAGAGUCGAAUCGCACGUCUCCUCGACCAUCAGCGCAUCACAAAUCACGUGCUGCACCAGACGUUCGUCGCCCUUCCCCACCGCCCGAGUUUCUCGAACUUUUCAAAAGCCCCCCAACGCCAUAUCUAUCUCCUAAUUUCCACGACGUUGACGUCCCUCUGUCACAAGCGCUUAGUGCCUACACAGGAACCUCGGACAUAAGUGAGUUUGAGAGCUCUAAGAAGGUCGGGGAAGGGACAUUUGGGGAGGUAACUAUAGCAAAGCAUAAAUCUACCGGAAGAAAAGUAGCACUGAAGAAGAUCAUUCUGCACAAGGACAGAGAUGGACUACCUAUUACUGCUGUACGAGAAAUCGCAAUCUUGAAGUCUCUUCGUCACCCCAACCUCAUUAAUCUCGAAGAGAUUGCUGUGCGAAGAGGUGACCGUCGGGCUGAGGAAGUGGCGACAUUAUUUAUGGUCUUUCCGUACAUGAAGCACGAUCUUAGCGGACUACUAGACAAUCCUCAAGUGACAUUCGACCCAUCUCACAUUAAAUCAUUCACAAAGCAGAUGCUGGAUGGCAUACUGUAUCUCCACCAACGGAAUAUACUCCACCGUGACAUGAAAUCAGCAAAUAUCCUCAUUGACAACGGUGGAAAUCUCAGAAUCGCAGACUUUGGAUUGGCGCGCUCAUUUGAUCCAAGCGCGGGUCGGAGGCUGACCCCCACAGUGGUGACGCUGUGGUAUCGAGCUCCCGAGCUUCUACUGGGGAAGCAAGAUUAUACUGCUGCAGUUGAUAUGUGGGGAAUAGGUUGUAUCUUUGCUGAAAUGUGGGACAGACGGCCUAUAUUCAAAGGUGCUACGGAAGUGGAAUUGAUUGAAAAAAUCUUUUCGAUAUGCGGGACACCUGAUCCGGCGGAUUAUCGAAGUUCUAAUGGAAAACGUCAGGGGAAGUUUCCAAAGUUGGAAGAUGGAACUGUCACUCCUCAGCCACAGCCGAGAAGGAUUUGGGAUGCUUACUCUAGUGAACGGUUGGAUUUUCAAACGAUUGCGUUCAUCGACUAUCUUCUAAAUCUGGACCCUGACCGACGGCCAACUGCCGAUGAGGCUCUUCGGCACGAUUACUUCUUGGUAGAGCCUAGGGCCGCGGAACCCAAUACUUCAGAUUUUCCGACAUGGGAAGAAUCUCAUGAAUAUGGCAUGCGACUCCGGCACGAACAAGCCGCCCGAGCUUUUAAUGAGCGAGCCAACUUGUCCAGAAUGAUACCAGGCCUGGCACCACUGGAGCAUCUUCCACCGCCGCUACCCGUUCAUUCAGAUGCCUUUAGAUUGAGAUCUGGCAAGGUGGUUCGAAGGCGACGACUUGCCGACGUCGGGAUGUCAGGAAGAGGGGGAGAUCGCUUGGAUCGGUAUAAUUCUGGAAUUAGGGAUGAGCGGGACGAUUGGAAUGGGGACCGCUCGAGUAGAUAUGGGAAUCGGGCAGAUUCGGUGGGGAAGGAUGAGAGGUGGCAAAAAGGUGGGCACGACCGGUACGUCCCUGGUGGCGAGAGCGGUGGGCGAGACGACCGGACCGAGCGUGAAAGUCAUGCCGCAUCGUCAGUAAAGGAUGACAGAGGGCGAAGGUCCGGUCAUGAUCAUUAUAGCGUUACUAGUGAGACCAGCGGGCGCGGAGACCGAGAACGCAGCACGAAGGAUGACAGAGGACGAGGUCGCGAUGUCUACAUUCCCAAUCAUGAGGCCAGGGAGGAAAGGAGCCACAGAAACGCAAAGAACGAAGAGCCAAUUUUGAAACCUGCUCAAGGUCAUAGGACCCCUUCCGAUCGACAGAGUCAUAGAGAACGGGCGCGGGAGGGACGGAAGAGGGAGGAGGAGUCACGCGACACGCCGGAACAGCGAGCGGUGGAGAAGAAUGCUGACGAGAAGGAAAGGGACGUAAAUGGAUCGCAUGGAAUGUUGGAUAAUCGAUACCUGGAUAGGAAGGCUGAUGACAAGAGAAAGGGUAUGUAUCACGAGCGCCACAAUCAAAAGGACCGCGAGGUAGAUAAAAUGUCCGACGAGAAACAAAAGGAUGAGGAACAAAAACACGACAAGGGGAAUUCUCGCAACGGGGACAAAGUAUCUGAUCCUAACAGAAAGAGCGAAGGUAGCAAACACGAUAAGCGAGAAGAUCGUGGAGCGAUAGAUAAAAGGCCGGAUGACAAGAGAGGGGACGAAGAUCACAAAAGCAGCAAGCCGGACGAUCGCGAGGGGACCAAAACAGAUAUCGGCAGAAAGAGCGAGGAACACAAACAUGAUACCCGUGACUAUUGUAGGGAGACGGACAAGAGAUCGGAUGACAAACGACGGGACGAGGAUCACAAAAGCAGCAAGCGGGAUGAUCGCGAGGGGACGAAAGCAGAUGGCGGCAGAAAGAGUGAGGACCACAAACAUGAUAAGCGAGAUGAUCGCGCACUGGUGGACAAAAAGUCCGAUCACACACGGACGGACAAGGAACACCAUAACAACAAGCGGGAUGAUCGCGAAGGAAGAAGGAUUCAUGAUAGCAGAAGGAAGAGCGACGAUCACAAAAGGGAUAAGAGAGACAAUCACAUGGUAUUGGACAAAAAAUCUGAUGAGAAAAAGGCUGCAGGAAAAGUGGAUGCAAAGUCAGAGGAGAAGCAACGAGACUCUGUCGUUUAUGAUCGUCGUAGUCCCGGUGUACAUAAACCUCGCGAUAAAGACCAGACUGAGUACAAAGGAGAUGAGGGGCAUUCCAAAUCCGACCGUCGAUCAGUCGCUGCAUCACAAGGUCAGAAGGAAGAUGACAGCGGAGGGCAACGACGGGACGUGCGUAAUCACGGCACUCCGGAAAAAACUUCCGAGCGCGAGGUAAAGAGGACUGAAUCGAGGACGGGGGAUCAAGGGCGUGGAGACCGAAGGGACAAUCGACAUGGUGACGCCGACCUCCCCAUAUCAGAGCGACCAAAGUUGCAUCGCGCUUCCUCCGGCGAUGCCAAGCGCCAGUCAGCACGGGAACAGCCUCGAGGUGGUCGUGAAAGUAUCAAGAUGGAGACCAAAUCGGAUUUUUUGGACUCAAAUAAGGAGGAAGAAUCUCAACGUUCAACCACCCGUAAAGAGGAGGCGUCUGAACCAGACAUUCACCGCUCAACUGCAAAAGUUCGCAUCAGCGAGAAGAAAGAUGAACCCAAAUCAUCGUCCCGUGACCCAAGCACUGAGAACAAACUGGGAACAAGAGAGUCUGGCAGUGACAAGCGGAAACGUGACGAUGAACCUGAUCAUCCGACGAAGCGGCGAAGCUUAGAUAACGAGGAUCUUAUAGGGAAGCGUGAAGAGCGAAAAGAGGAGACAAAAUCAGGGACUAGGUCGGAUGAGAAGCGCUUGGAUGAUCCGAAAAGUCCAUCCGUAACCAGAAAGUCAGCUAAAGAUGUGAAGCAUGAUACCUCGCCGCGAUUGAGAGAGACCAAAUUAGAGGAUGAUGCUAAGAAGAUCAGAGAAUCAAAGGACGACGGCUCGUCGCGAUCGAGACGAACUAGCUUCGGAGAUGACCGCAAGCAAAGAGAAUCGAAGGACCAUUUUCCCUCGCGGACGAGAAGAACUGGUCUGGAGGAAGAUGAUAACCAGAGGAAAGAAUCGAAGGAUGACGACUCGGCACGAUCGAGACGAACUAGUUUGGAGGAUGAUCCCACGAAGGAGAAAGGAUUUAACGAUCACCGGUCGUCGCGGUCGAGACGAGAUACCUUGGAGGAUGAUGGCAGAAGGGAUAAAGAAUCGAAGGAUCAUCACCCAUCGCCGUCGAGACGGACCCAUCUGGAGGAUGAAGGUAGGAGAGGAAAGGACGUAUGGAGAAAGGAGUCCUCUCGAUCGUCACGACGAACGAGUCUGGAAAGCGAUACCCACAAGACCACCGACGCUAGACGGGAGGAGCGUAAGUGGGAAACCUCGAGUACCCGUGAGACCAAAACGGACAACUUGUCGGCCAAAGGCAAAGAUUCGAGGUCUAUGAACCAACCUGGUUCGGAAAGGGACAAACGUAAAGACUCUCAUGACCAAGAGUCAUUGUCUCCGUCUAGGAAACCGCGUAAAUCCGAGUCUGAGACGCCGCGACGUAUGAAGAGAUCUGCGGAGGAAGAUGAACGGUCCGUGAAACGGAGGCAUCCGCUACCGCCGAGACCCAAGGAUUCACCUGGACGAAGAAAGGAGUAGUACUGAGUCUCGGGUAAGGUGUUUCUAGGUGAUGUUGAUUCGUCUGUGGAGGAGACGGUUAUGUAUAUCAUAUUUAUUUCUUCGGGAAUCUUAUUGUUUUUGUACAAAAUAUACAACCAUCAUUUACCACCCAUGCUUCUAAC